AUGCCUCCCGAGGACACAAAGCAAGGUUGUGGCUGUGUGGACUGUGUGCCGCGCCCAAGUACUACCACCAUGGAGAUCAAGACGGUGCUCACGACUGUCAUCUCGGGAUCUCGGUACCUUGUGCAUCCGCAAGUGCUCGGCACAAUCCAGGAAACAAUCAAGCCAGAUGUCAUCAUCCCGGUAACCGUGCUUGAACCAGAACAGCUGUACUACCACCUUGAGGGGACCCUCCGACUCUUUGACUUUUACGACGACGUCUUCACUCCCGAGUUUGGUAAUAUUCUGAUUGAAAAACCGGGUGGGAACUCGGGCGUGGCAGUUUCGUCUGUAGGCAAUGGCAAGUCGGUGAUGCGCCUGCGGAACGACAGCGUUGCGGCCGCGAAGCGUUCCGUGUCUGAUUUGCCUGCGGGGCCGUAUAUUCUGCAUGGGCCGAACGUCCACCAGGCAUGGAAGAUAUAUAACGAUACACUAGAUGCCUUCGCCUUCGGUGUAUACCCCGAACGCGUUGAUGAGGUGGAUUUGUUUCGAGUCCUUCAACUUCCCGCCGAUAGUGAAACUAAUUACACUUCCAUUCCGGUUCCCUCGAAACUCUACAGCACUGUGCCUCCCGAGCAGGCCCCUCUGAAGGGUUACCGCUUCACUAUCCCAGACUCCAUGUCUCUCAAGGGCAUUCCCACAACCUUGUCCAGCAGUGCGUGGCGCGAUCUUCACGACAACCCGGCGGACUCGACGGCAGCGUUUGCCAAGAGGCUCAUAGACCUCGGGGCGACCAUUGUCGGCAAGACUAAAUCCUCGCAGUUUGGCUCCGGGAGAGAGUGGACAGAUGUGCCAUCGCCAAAGAACCCGAGAGAAGACGGGCAUCAAGACCCUGGGGGCGGUGCGACUGGCGCUGCGAGUUCCCUGGCCGGCUACGAGUGGCUUAGAGCAACCACUGGCAUCGACUGUAUGUGUUUGCGCUUACCAAUGGCCAGCACAUACGAUAGCAUGGGGAUUUUCGGCACAGACCUCUCAGAACUGUUCCACGACGCGGUGGCUGUUGUCCACAAGUCCCUAGCAAGUCCGGCAAUUUCCUUCCCCAAGACGAUAACGUACUUGACAGACUUCUCAAGUGCAGAUGAAGAGAGGAAUGACAAAUAUGAACAAUUUCUGGACGCAGUGGAGGCUUUUCUGGGAGUAAAGUCAACGAGACUCAGUUUAACACAGACUUGGGCUUCGAAACCACCUGCAGAAGCCAAAGGCCAAGGGCUACAAGAGUACAUGCGAGACGCCCCAUUUCUCUCGUUUUGCUACGAGUUUUACCACCAGUACGACGAGUUCCGAAAGGACUACAAAGCAAAGUUUGGCAAAGAUCCUGCGACAGAGCCAACCGUCAAACAAAGAUGGGACUGGGGCAGCAAUGUCACGAAGUCGUUGUACGACGAAUACCAAGCCCGCCUUGACGUCUUCCGAAACUGGUUCGACAGCACCAUCAUGUCUACCAACCAUGGCGGCGACGCUAUUCUUGUCGCUGCUUAUCCAAGCCAUGCUCCCAGCUAUGGUGUGCCGAAACCAAGCAAGAUCAACGGUGUCACACCUGACCUCCUCGCCUCUGUGUUGCGUGUCCCUCAAAUUCUAGCACCGUUUGCCCAAUUCGAGUACCAAUCCAAGGUCAGUGGCCGGCCGGAGUACCAUCCUAUAUACGGCGCUGUUCUCGGCCCCAAGGGCAGUGAUACGAUGCUUGUGAAACUUGUACAAGCGGCGUUUCAACAAGCACAGUGGCGAACGAGGGUUGAUAAAGGGAGGUAUGUGUUUCCGCCAGCACAGAACGCCAGAAACGUGGAUGACAGGCCGAUAAAGGGGCCGCCGGGUUCUUUGGAGGCUGCGCGGCAGGACAUUGGGUUGCUCAUUAGAAGGCGGCAGCUCAACGGAGAAUCAAUACCGGUGUUCUUCACUGCGUACCAGGUUCCGAACACGAAUCCUCCCUUGAUUGGCGUCAGCGCGAGUAACAAGGUGUUGGACAUUCCCUACACCUUGGGCCAAACGAGCGUGGAUGUAGCCGCCAACGACUUCGACCCGAACACGGAUUUAAACAACACAAUGUACAUGAUUCAAUGCUCUCCAAACGAGGGAAUUCUCUUCGACACAUUAUCUUCGGGGUCCUUUUUCCAAGAAGCCGUUGGCCUGCUGCAAGAGAACGGGCUCGCCGGCAUGUCCAACAUCACACUCAUUGCAAGCCACGAGCAUCAAGACCACACCGGAGGGCUCUCCGCAGUCGACAGCGUGGACAAACUACGCGGCUCACAACUUGUAGCCCAAGAAAACAACAACGCAGUGGAACAAGCGCAGGUCCGCGUCGGGGAAGAGCAAACCUUGACAUGCGGCAAUGCCACCAUUAAUUUAUUCCACACCCAAGGCCAUACUACCGCGGGUGUAAUGGCAUGCACAGGAGACUAUUGCUUGACUGGCGAUGAGUGCGAGGACAGCGUUCCCUUUAUUGUACAGGCCAAGACUCUCGACGAUCAGGCCCGCGGGCUGGCACAGUCCAUCCAGACGAUGCGGCAGCUCAACGUCACGAGAGCCCCGCAGGCACACGGGAACAUGCAAGCCGUCGCCAACGGGAAUCUAGGACUACGAGUCUGUGAAUCGAACUUGUUGUACAAGCAGAAGAUGGUGGAUGAGUUCGCGACGCUGUGCCCCCGGGGUUCUGAUAUUUCGCUCAACGAGCUCGCCGAGCAGAUUAACAGAGACGAGGCGGAAAUAACUGAGGAGUACUACGGUGUGCACAAGGGCAACUGCGACUCUGUGCGAAAAGCAAGGCGGGACACGAGAGCCUGA